AUGAGUGAGCUGGAGCAACUGAGACAGGAGGCCGAGCAGCUCCGGAACCAGAUCCGGGAUGCCCGAAAAGCAUGUGGGGAUUCAACACUGACCCAGAUCACAGCUGGGCUGGACCCAGUGGGGAGAAUCCAGAUGAGGACACGGAGGACCCUCCGUGGGCACCUGGCCAAAAUCUAUGCCAUGCACUGGGGGACAGACUCAAGGCUGCUGGUCAGCGCCUCCCAGGAUGGUAAGCUCAUCAUCUGGGACAGCUACACCACCAACAAGGUCCACGCCAUCCCGCUGCGCUCCUCCUGGGUCAUGACCUGUGCCUACGCGCCCUCAGGGAACUUCGUGGCCUGCGGGGGGCUGGACAACAUCUGCUCCAUCUACAGCCUCAAGACCCGUGAGGGCAAUGUCAGGGUCAGCCGGGAGCUGCCUGGCCACACCGGGUACCUGUCGUGCUGCCGCUUCCUGGAUGACAACCAAAUCAUCACCAGCUCUGGGGACACCACCUGUGCCCUGUGGGACAUUGAGACCGGUCAGCAGACAGUGGGCUUUGCCGGACACAGUGGGGAUGUGAUGUCCCUGUCUCUGGCCCCCGACGGCCGCACCUUCGUGUCGGGCGCCUGUGACGCCUCCAUCAAACUGUGGGAUGUGCGGGACUCCAUGUGUCGACAGACCUUUAUCGGCCACGAAUCUGACAUCAACGCCGUGGCCUUCUUCCCCAACGGCUACGCCUUCACCACGGGCUCGGAUGACGCCACAUGCCGCCUCUUUGACCUGCGGGCCGACCAGGAGCUCCUCAUGUAUUCGCACGACAACAUCAUCUGCGGCAUCACCUCUGUUGCCUUCUCGCGCAGCGGCAGGCUGCUGCUCGCGGGCUACGACGACUUCAACUGCAACAUCUGGGAUGCCAUGAAGGGCGACCGCGCAGGUGUCCUCGCAGGCCACGACAACCGUGUAAGCUGCCUCGGGGUCACUGACGAUGGCAUGGCUGUGGCCACAGGCUCCUGGGACUCCUUCCUCAAGAUCUGGAACUAA